AUGGAUCGUACUAGUGAUGAAGAGGAUGAUGAUACGGUCGCUUCCGAGCGUAGUGAAGAGGAAGCCCCCAGUGAGGAUACCCAGUUCCGUGGAUCAGAAGAGGCAUUUGCAACACGGCACCACCCUACCUCCUUAGAUGCGCGUGAGACAAGUCAUUACGAGCGGACCAUGCGAGAGGCGGGUGUCGUGACACCAUUGUCAUCGGUGCGCUCGUCGUCGUCUCUGAGCUCGUCCAGUGGGUUGUCGCUGGAUACAGUAUCAGUGUCACAAGAGGUAGGGCAGGGCGAUGCCGAGUCCGAUGUGGUUACAGCAGCAACAUCGACCAAUACGCCAGCGCCACCUACAGCGACAACGACGCGGCCCAAACGGCCUGGACAGCCGCAGUUUGAAGGGUUCUGGCGGGUGCAGACUCUGGACGAUCUGCGGCCUAUGGUCGAUACAAAGCGAUUGUCUGAGCAGCACCGACGUGCAGAUCCUGUGGGUGGCUAUGUGAGCCCGCUGAAAGCGUUGACAUCGUACCUGCAUCAUACGUACCAUCUUGUGAACCCAGCCUUCCAGUAUGAGCUGACGUUCAAUCCACGACGUGUGUUGACGAAGCCCAGCAAGCCCAUGUACAACGAUGGCCAUGACAAUGAAGACAGUGACUACAUUCUGUAUGUGAACGACUAUCUGGGCAGUGACGAGGGCCAUCGGUACCUGAUUCUUGAUGUGUUGGGCCAAGGUACGUUUGGCCAAGUGGUCAAGUGCCAGAACAUGUCGACCCAUGAAAUUGUAGCGGUCAAGGUCAUCAAGAACAAGCCUGCGUACUUUAAUCAGAGUAUGAUGGAAGUCACGAUCCUUGAGACGCUCAAUCAGCAUUGGGAUCCAGACGAUGCCCAUAACAUUUUGCGGCUUCGUGACACGUUUAUCCAUCACAAGCAUUUGUGUCUGGUGUUUGAGUUGCUCAGCUCCAAUCUGUAUGAGCUGAUCAAGCAGAACUCGUUCCGUGGGCUGAGCACGAGCUUAGUGCGUGUGUUUAUUGCGCAACUGCUUGAUGCCCUGAUUGUCUUGAAGAAGGCACGGUUGAUUCACUGUGACUUGAAGCCCGAGAACAUCUUGCUGCGUACGCUCCAAGCCCCGUCCAUCAAGUUGGUGGACUUUGGCUCUGCAUGCCACGAGGAACAGACGGUGUAUACGUAUAUCCAAAGCCGCUUUUAUCGCUCGCCUGAAGUGCUACUGGGCCUGCCCUACACAGCCGCGAUCGACAUGUGGUCAUUGGGAUGCAUUGCAGUGGAACUGUUUUUGGGUCUGCCGAUCUUCCCUGGCACGUCAGAAUACAACCAGGUAAGCCGGAUCGUCUCGAUGCUGGGUCUUCCGCCUUCCUUUAUGCUGGAUCGCGGUCGGCAAACCCAUGAAUUUUUCAAUAUGCACACGGAUUCGUAUGGGCGUACGACAUACCAGCUCAAGUCGAUGGAACAGUACUCACGUGAGCACCGUGUCCAAGAGCAAGCGAGUAAGCAGUACUUUCCAGGCACGACACUCCCGGAGAUCAUCCGACUCACGCCCAUCUCGCGACGUACGAGUCGCUCUGCCGAUAUGGAGAAGGAAAUGGCCAAUCGUGCGUCGUUUACAGACUUUGUCGCAGGCCUGCUCAACCUGAAUCCGCUGGAGCGCUGGACGCCUCAGCAAGCGAAGCAGCAUCCGUUUAUAACUGGUGAGCCAUUCACGCAGCCAUGGCAACCACCGGACGCUCUACAUCAUCACCAUCAUCACCACCACCAUCAUCAUCACCAUCACUCACGUCAUACGUCGGCGCAAGAGGCCACGACCUCGCCACCUACAUCUAGCACACGGUACGCAGAAGCAAGCUCAGGUGUGGCCCCAGCCAGUGGGCCAGCCCCGCCGCCAGCGACUGCCGCCGCGAUGCCUGAAGAGCCGUAUACGGUGGCGCAGCCAUACUCACUGGGGCCCUCGCCACGUGCCUACGUCUCGCCGCCUGGCUCCCGUGCCCACUUCUCGUCACCGACACAGCAUAUGGUCGUGCCCUCGCCAGGCACCGAUACACGACAUGCGUACGAUCGGUCGUCGUACCCCCGUACCAUGUACCCUGCUGGCCACGUGGACUACGUCACCACGCCGCCAGAGCCUGAGACCACGUGGGCAUGGAGUCCCUCAACGAUGGGCCCUGUACCGCCAGGCUAUGCGACACAGCCAGGGGCCGGGUAUGCCCCGUCGAUGUACCCUGUGAAUCCGCCCAGCGGAUUUUCUGUGGUGGUGCAUGGCUCGGCCGCUGAGCCGUAUGCCCAUCCCGAGAAUGGCCCACGCUCGCCGCCUAUGACCUACAAUGUGCCGUACGGUCGCGAGGCGCACGUGAGUCUCAACGAUCCCUACGCGCCGCCCCCGCCGGGUAACGCGAUGUACAAUGGCGCCCGUCAUGUACACGACGAGCACCGCGUCGAUCCUUCUAUCCUCCCUAUGUAUGUGAAUCCCCAUCCGUAA